AUGUUUUGGUCCUUCUUUUUGCUUCCACUACUCGCUGUAGCAGCCGACAUCGUGCCUAUCGUUACCAAAGGUAAUGCCUUCUACAAAGAUGGUACCGACGAGAGAUUCUACAUCAAGGGUGUUGCUUACCAGCCUGGUGGAGCAUCCAAUCUUUAUGACCCACUCUCUGAUCCAGAUGUGUGCAAGAGAGAUAUCAAAUACUUCAAGGAGCUUGGUGUAAACACCAUUAGAGUUUACUCCAUCGACAACACUGGCGACCACGACGAAUGUAUGGAAGCCCUCGCCGACGCAGGUAUUUACUUGAUCUUGGAUACUAACAUCCCCCACGCCUCCAUCGCUAGAGAUGAUGGUGCCAACUGCUCCUACAAUACCAUGUACCUUAACGAGGUUUUCGCCACCGUUAAGUUGAUGUCCAAGUAUGAUAAUACUUUGGGGUUCUUCGCUGCUAACGAGGUUAUCAAUGACAAGGAGUCUACCCCUGCUGCACGCCAGGUGAAGGCCGUCGUUCGUGACAUUAAAACUUUCCAGAGAGCCAACGGCCUCCGUACUAUCCCUGUUGGUUACUCUGCCGCUGAUGUCUCUGAGAACCGUUUCCAAUCUGUUGAAUACUUUAACUGUGGUGACGAUGAGAUGGCGCGUGUUGACAUGUUCGGUUACAAUGAUUAUUCUUGGUGUGGAAGUUCGUCUUUUACUCGUUCUGGUUAUGACAAAAAAGUCAAGGAAUACAGCAACUAUUCUGUUCCCUUAUUCCUUUCCGAGUUUGGCUGCAAUGAAGUUACUCCUCGUAAAUUCACUGAAGUUGGUGCUAUUUUCUCUGACGAUAUGUCGCCUGUUUUCUCUGGUGGUAUCGCUUAUGAGUACACCGAAGAGGCUAACGAAUAUGGUUUAGUCGAAAUUGGAGGCAGUGACAACCAGACUGUGACCAAGAAGGACGACUUUGACUACCUCAAGGAAGAAUUUUCUUCUGCCACCUUCCCAAAGGGUGACGGCGGUGCUCAAACUGACUUGGAACAUGCCUCUUGUCCUACUCUUGACAGCAAGUGGGAGGCCAGCAAUGAUAUUCCUGACACUCCAAAGGGUGCUUUGAAGUACUUCCAUGGUGCUCAACCUUCCGGAAACGGUUUCGAUGCUAGCACUCAGUGGGCUUGUGUCGAUGGUGAUAACGACGUUGAUGAUUCUAGUGAUUACAGCGGUGCUUCCGGCUCUUAUACUCCAAGUGCUCGUUCUUCCUCCUCAGGCUCAUCAAACUCCAACUCCAACUCCAAUUCUGGUAGCUCUUCAUCCAGCAGGGAGAAUGACGGCAACAACAUUGGAACUAUCUCAGGAUUUGCUUCCUUGAGUGCUUUCAUCUUUGCCCUCAUUGUUUAA